AUGGAGGGCGAAUGGCCGGACGACAUCAUAUCACCUCGAUUUCCAAUCCCUGUGUGCCAUCAAUGGAAGACGCUCACCGAGAAUGAAUUUUUUCAGAGAGGCAAGAAAGACGAGAAGCGAUCCAACUUCCCCUCAGCAAUUCGGCACUACUCGGCCACUCUCCAUCUCAAUCCCAAGUACUCGCGGGCCUACAACCGACGCGGCAACGCCAAGUACAUACAGGGCGACCGCGUCAACGCAGAGAAGGACUGGCGGCUGGCGGCCACCUUCGCCUCGCCCGAGUUCGACGAGACCAUGACCGUGGCCGAAGCCAAGAUCAUCAAAAGCAAGAUCCUCGUCGUCGAAGCCAACUACGAAAAGGCGCUUGAGGAAGCGGCGGCGGCCAUCGAGGCCGAUCCCACCAACGCCGAUGCCUAUCACCAGCGAGGCUUUGUCAAGUCGUUCACAGGCGACAUCAGCGGCGAGAUCGAGGAUUUUUCAAAGUGUAUCGAGCUCAAGCUGCGAUUGAAUCCGUUCGACGCCUACAACGCCUACAACAACCGCGGGUUGGCCUAUCAGGACCGGGAGGAGUGGGAUGAGGCCAUCCGAGACCACACCGAGGCCAUCCGAUUACAGCCCAGCUACGGCAUCGCCUACAAGCACCGAGGCAAGGCCUACCGCUGCUCCGGCGAGCUUUCGCUCUCCCUGAAUGACCUCACAAAAGCACUCGGGACAAAUCCGAAGGACGUGGACGCGCUGGUGGAGCGGUCGUACACCUACUAUGAGCUCGGCCAGCCCGCCAACGCCAUGGUGGACUGCGAGGCCGCCAUCGCCAUCGACCCCCUAUGCCACGACGCGUUCACCGUCAAGGCCGGGCUGAUGGCCGACGUGGGCGACAGCGAGGGCGCGAUCGAGAUUCUUACGGGCCUGCUCGACCAGGCGCCCGACGCCUUCACAUUCCGCUUCCGGGCCGAGCUCCGAAUCCUGCGACAAGACUUCGAAGGCGCCAAAUCAGACUACCGGCGAUGUCUCGAGCUCGACCCGACUGACGAGGACGUGCGAACUCGACUAGAGCACCUGGAGGAGCAUCUCGCCCCACCAGGCAACGGAGGCGGGCGUCGUCCGCAACACAUUGAAUGA